AUGCCCUCCUCGGACCCCUCCUCCUCCUCCUCCUCGCCCGAUGCCUGGGAUAUCUCCGAGGAUUUGGUCUCCGCUCCGUCCUACAAAGCGGCGGCGACAAACACCCUCCAUCUCGACGGUCUGCUCACUCCGCCGCUCGUCGUGCACGAGGAUCUCACACACGGCAAUGGCGGUCAACUCUGGCCGGCAGGAAUGAUCUUGGCCAAAUACCUGCUCCGCAAGCGGCGAGAUGAGCUCCAGGAUGCCACCAUGUCCGUUGCACACAAAUCCCCCCCUUUCUCCCCGCGCGCGUACCAUGCCCUCUCUAACGUCUGCGCAACAGUGUGGAGCUGGGGAGCGGAGGCGGCCUCGUAGGGUACGGUACACACCCGCACGCCGGUCUUCGUGUUGGUCGCGGAAGCUUCACUGACCACCUCAUAGGCUGGCCAUCGGCGUGGGAUGCAUACCCAAAUUAGUCCACAUCACAGACCAACAGCCUAUGCUGGACUUGAUGCAGCGCAACAUUGCCCUCAAUGGCCUCGAAGACAGAGUGAAGGCGAGCGUAUACGAUUGGGGCAACGAGCGCCCCGAGGCAAUCCCACACUCUCCUGACAUGGUGCUUGCCGCCGACUGCGUGUAUUUCGAGCCUGCCUUUCCCCUGCUCCAUCAGACUUUGCAGCAUCUGAUCGGGCCGGAGACGGUCUGCUAUUUCUGCUUCAAGCGCAGACGGCGCGCGGACAUGCACUUCCUCAAGUCUAUCCGCAAGACGUUUGUGGUGGAAGAGGUGACUGAUGACCCGGACCGCGAGAGCUAUGCGCGCGAGAAUAUCUACCUGUACGUCCUGGAUCGCUAAUGGAUUGGCUGGAAAGUGCUGAUUCCAUGCCCAGGUUGACGAUACGACAAAAACCACAGCGAUGA